CACGGCAUAAUUACAAUUUAUACACCAAGUUUUCUGUUCUCGCUGUUGUUCACAUUUUCAAUCUUCCAUUAAUCGAUCUCAUGGCUUCUUUUGUUUCAACUUCCUCAAUCCCUGUGGCCACUCUGCCUUACACUGCUAAGGCCAGAAGCACAGUUUGCCAAAUUAAUGGCUUCUCUAGCAUUGGAGGUCCAGUGGUUAGAGGGCUAAGAAUUAUGCCAAAGAUCAAGAUCACCAAGGGAGCAGAAAGAUCAUUUCCAGUUCCUAGUUGCUUGAAGACCACAAUCUCAUGUUCCAUCGCUCAACCGGAAACUCUCCAAACUGUUCAAAGCACUAUUGCCAAGCAACUAUCCGUUGAUGAAAGCACCGUCACUCCUCACACCAAGUUCGCCGAUUUGGGGGCAGAUUCUCUAGACACUGUUGAAAUUAUGAUGGCUUUGGAGGAGAAGUUUGGUGUGUCCAUCGGAGAAGGGGGAGCUGAGAAUAUCGCUACCGUUCAAGAUGCUGCUGAUCUGAUUGAGAAAGUGAAAUCAGCAUGAACUUAAUUGAAUGGCCUCUAAAUAAGAACCUCUAGAGUCGAUAUGAAGGAAAUUGAUUCCUCUGCUUCAAGUUUUGUUUUCUCAUUUUCCCUUUCGAUUAUGUCCGAACUCCAACUCGUGAGAUCAUGAUCUAUAAUUUUCAUUUUGGAAUGAAAUGGAUUUUGAAAAAUAAGUAUUUCA